CGAGCCGUCCCUGAAGGCAGCAUUCCCAUAGCAACGCGAGUUUUCCCUUCAACGUUAGUUUGUGAAACGUGUCAGUGAAGCGUCCAGACAGAGGUUAGAAAACACACCGGAACAGGAAACCAUGGCGGAUAUGACGACUUCUGACGACAGAGAGAAGACGUUAUAUCUGAUCCAGAUCCGACACCUGGAUGAACAGCUGGAGAGGUUUCAGCUGAAGUGUGACGACCUGCAGGAAAAGAUCAGGGCCCUGUCCUCGCUGUGCCGCGCUCUGGACGAGGACAAGAAGGACAUCGCUGAGUAUCUGAAACACUGCGUGGCGGCUGAGCAGAGGAAGGUGGAGGAGCUGGCGGAGCGGCUGGAGAGCCGGACGCCGGAGGCCGAGCGGGACAGAGAGGCGCUGACGCUGCAGCUCAGGCAGCAGCUGCAGCAGCUGCAGGACAGGGCUGACGAGCACGCCUCAGUCAGCAGGAUGCAGGCGGCGAUGCUGGAGGAGCAGGAGGAGCAGAGGAUGCAGCUGCUGCAGGUGGUGCCCGACACCGAGUCUCUGAAGCAGCAGCUGGUCCGUCAGCAGAGAGAGCACGAGGCCGCCGUCCACAGUCUGAUGAUGGAGGCAGAGGCACAGAGAAAACAGAGGGCCAGAGAGACAGGGAGGACGGUGGAGGGGCGGGCGGAGGGGAGGAUCACACAGCUGGUUGUGGAGGAGAGAGCUGAGCACAGCGAGCAGGUGGAGAGAGUCCAGGUGCUGCUGUGUAGCAACAUCCGUCUGCGGAGACAGAAAGACGCCCUGCAGGGCAGAGAGAUGGAGCUGAGCCAUGACCUGCUGAUGCUGACGGAGGACAUCAGCAAGAUCACCCAGAGGAUCCUCAACCACAAGACCGAGGUGCAGCAGCUGGUGAACAAGUGUCAGCAGCUGGAGGUGAAGCUGAAAGACUCGAGCGUCAGGGGAGAGCACAGGCUGGCUGAGGAGGACGCUGUCAGACGGAGCAUCGCCUCAGUGUCGGAGGAGUGCGGUCGGAAAUCAGCCGAGGUGGAUGAGCUGGGGUUGGACCUAGAGAAGGAGAGGAGGAGGAGGAGGAAGCUGCAGAGAGACGUGCAGGAGGCGGCCGUCACUCUCACACACAUCCUGACGGUGAAACUCCAGGUCGGCUGCUGCAGCGUCUCACUCUUUACUGAGACUCUGAUGCUGUGGUCUGUCUGUCUGCAGGACUCAGAGGACACAGCUCAGACUCACAGGAUGCAGAGGCUGCUGGAGAUCCUGGAGAGCCCCGCCCCCCCAGGAACAAGCCCCGCCCCCAGUCCAGGAGAGAAACCUCAGACCUCCAGCCCCAAACCGGACAGAGCUGAGACCCCCAACACAGGAUCCGAUCCACUGUUCCUGUUGGUCCGCUACAGGCUGGGCGACCUCGGCCUCGUACCUCGACCCUCGUGGAUACGCAAACCAGCUCCGCCCACCAGCUCCCAGCUGCCUCACAGCAGGACACCCUGCAGUCAGAGGCCCAGCUCCACACACCUGUCUGAUCCACUGAUCCACAGGCUGCAGCCUCCACCUGCAGCUGCUGAACCAAACCACACCCACGUCCUCCAUCACACUGCUCUGUCACAAUAAAGGUCUCAGUCUCUG